UGUUUUAUUUCCAAAUCAUAGGGAUAAGUGAAACUAAACACUUGAUUAUUGAAAUAGAGGUAAAUAAUUAAGAAUCUGGUCUUUAAUCUAUAUAAUAAUUAGAUUAUGGUGUAAUAUAUUGGAACAUUGAAGUCUGAAUUAAUUAAUAUUAUGAUGAAUAUACUCGUGAAUUUUUUUUAACUAAAGGAUUAGGCAAAGCGUUUAUAGGUAUGGAGAUUAACAUUGCCUAGUUUAACCUCAGAAUAUAAACUGUGAUAUCAAGAAAAUAAGGCACCAGCUUUUUGUCAAGGAAAUGCUUUUAUAGAAGGUGACAUUUAAUGUUGAGAUGCCCAAAGAAGAGGGGAAAAAAGAAUCUUCUGAUGGGGAAGAUAUUCCCAGUGACUUUUUUGAUGACUUUUGCAAAGAUGAUUUUAUGGAAGUUAUUGAUAGUUGGAAUGAUGACACUAAGGAUUCCCGGCCAACAGUCAAGGAAAGGGCUCUUGACAAUGUUGAUGAUUUACGGGAGCUGAUACCUAACCAAAACAGGAAAAACUCACACAGCAAACAACACAGUCCACAUGAAACAGAGUAUGAAGUGGAACGUUUGAAUGAAUACAUACGCCCAGGAAGUCGUCGGGAUCCUAAUAAGACAAAACAAGCUAUAAAGAGAGACAAGGAAGUUAAAGUUAAAGAGCUUCUUGCGAAACAUCUAGAAUCCAUGGAUGAUAUACGACCACCAGGGACUGAAUUGGAUGACUAUUUUGAUGAAAGCAGAAACAGCGAAAAAAAGAAAUUCUUUGAAGAAGUAACCAGGAGACAUAUGAGUGAGAAACGACCUCGAUCACCAUCCCCUUUGAAACAUGCAGUGGAAAGAAGAAAAGACUCGCCAAGGAAUCGUCGCGAAUCACCUUUAAGAAAACGUAGAGAUUCACCAUCCAGGCAUCGUCGCGACUCGCCAUCUAGAUUUCGUCGAGGAUCACCAAGAUACAAUCGUGAUUCACCUGUGCGGAUGCGACGUGACUGGUCGCCAAAACGUCGAGAAAUACGAGGAUUUCGAGACCGUGGACACAGUCGUCUCAGCCCUAUUUACAUCACGCGCCGACCUCAUGUUUUACAUCGGAGCCCACGACGAAGCCCAAAGAGAUAUCAGAGUCCAGAUUUAAGGCGGGAACGCAGAUCAAGAUCACCAUACAAGCGUUAUAAAUCGCGUUCAAGUUCACAGUCCCGAAGAGAAGAAAUAAAGGAUCAUGACGAUAAAUAUUUAUAUACUGCAUCGCAAUAUGUGCAAAAUACUGGAACAUCAUCGCAAUAUGUGCAAAAUACUGGAACAUCUUAUCAGCAGCCUCCAGAAUGUUUUGCUGCUUACACAGAACAAUACUACCCUGCUGAAGCCGUGCCACAACCAGUUCCUGCUCCAAUCAACUCUAUGCCACCACCUAAUAUGGUUCCUGCACCUUUUCAAAUGUCAUCUGGUAGCUUACAAAAUCUGGACACCAAUUUAGCUACACAAUGUGAUGCUUUGGCUAAGUUGGUUGCUGAUGGAAAACUUUCACAUGAAGAUUAUUUAAAACUAGCACCAAUUAAAGGUGCUACACCUAACAUGGAUCCUAAAGAAAGAGUUGCUGUGCUGAAUCGCUGUAGGCUAGCAAUGGAAAAUCUUAGUAAAUUGGGACUGCCAAAUCGUUUACUCAUGAACACUAGGAUCAAACCUCAAAAAGAGGAGAAGCAGACAACACUUGUCAAGAAGUUUUGCUCCCCUCUCAAAAGACAGGGUGUAGUCGAGUAUAAUUUCUCUACAAGUAGUAAAUCAUUGAUGGUUCAACGCAAUAAGGAGAUCAUAGAUUCAAUUAUCUCAGCAUUAUCUUUGGAAAAGAUUGUUGCAAAGCCUAAGAAGGUGCGGAACGACAUGAAGGAUGCUUCAGUACAGACAACAUUGCCUGUUUGUGAAGUGUGUGAUAUUCGUGAAUCAACCAAGUUUAGUGAUAUGAGUACAUCAAUAAAUCCUGAAUAUUUUUCUUCCUCGGUUCACACUCAAGUGAUUGAAGAAGACUUGUAUAGCUCCAAAUCAUUGUUCAACCCAAGUGGCAGCAGCAGCAGCGGCCCGCCAAUCUCCAUUGCUCAUCUGACACCUGCGCAACUUGUCUCCCAGCUAGCCGCAAGAGCCAAGACCUUGAAGCAUACAGACACUUCACAUUCAGCUCCUAGAAGGAAUUUUGAUAAUUACCAUAGAGGUGGUAAUCAGUAUCAAAAUUCAAACUAUAAUAAUUAUCGAUAUUAAUAAGGUAUUUUGAUUGUAAAAAAAAUUAAGAUUUCAUAUAAUAUGAUAAUAAACAAUUCUUUUUAGCAGUGUUUUUUUUUCUGCGGUGUUGAAUCUAUUAUUUUUACUGAUACAUGGAGGAUUGACUAUGUAACCAGUGUAUGGUGCUUAAUUACUAACUUACACUGAAAUAUUUUAAGAAAUUUAUUUAGUUAUCAAAGUUAUAUUGUUCACAACCUAAGGCCGCAAGUUGAAAAAUGAAGUUGUGUGAAUUUCAAAGACCACUAGGUAUAGUCAUAUGUUUUAAGACUGCCUGAUUUGAGUACUUAUCUAUAUUGUAUUAAGGUGCUUAAAUAUACAUUGUAGAUAUAAUUUUCCUUUUUAAAUUAAAUUAAUCAAGGUAUGUUUUUCAUCAGAUAUUGUGAUUUUGUUUUUGUUAGCUGUGAAGUUGACGGCCUUAAGUAAAUCCUCUAUCAGGACAUUAUGAAGACAUCAAAGGAGAGACCGGAAUAAUGUGCUAAGUCCGGAGGCCGGAAUAUGUUCUCUGUAUACUGUGUUGCUUGUUUGUGCAUCUAAUAUACUACUAAUAAACACUAAACAGCGUUGGAAUUAAUUAUUUUUUAAAUUUCUACACAAAUAUUGUACUUGCUAAACAAAAUCGGGGACAAGCACGUUUUUUGCUGUCACCCACAGGUGGGUAUUAAUUUUUUACUUUUCAAUAUAUAAAAAACGGACGAAGUUGGUUACUGAAGGUAUUUUUACUGAUACCUGGCUACUCCAAAACUUCCCCUUACGGAUGAAAUAAUCGUUUUACUACAUAAAAUAUGUUACAUAUUUAUAUAUUUCAAAAUUAUAAGUACAAACCGGACCAUUACCAAAGUUUAAAAAAUAUAAGUGUAAUUAGUGAUAUUACACAAUACUAUUAUAAUUCAAGUAAAAAUAAACCACUUUAAUGUGA